AUGCCCACGAAGCCCCUCAGCCCUCACGGAGGAGGCACUCGGAGCCGGUGCCUGGACAAGGCGAGCCACACCGGAUUCCUUCUGCACCGGGCCGGCCCGCUCCCGCCUCCACACUUCGGUCAGCCAGCGGUUUCCCACCCGCCGCCGCCGGGUAAAGUAGAAUACCUGGUGAAGUGGAAAGGAUGGCCCCCAAAAUACAGCACGUGGGAGCCAGAGGAUCACAUCUUGGACCCUCGCCUAGUAGUGGCUUAUGAAGAAAAGGAAGAGAGAGACCGUGCAUCGGGGUACAGGAAAAGAGGCCCCAAACCAAAGCGCCUCCUGCUGCAGCGUCUGUAUGGCAUGGACUUGAGGAGUGCCCACAAGGGAAAGGAGAAGCUCUGUUUUUCUCUUGCACGGAGGUUUGGAGGAGGAGACAGUAGCCUGCCGGGGGCCAAGCCAGGUCAGGCAGAGUUCUCAGAGAAGACUGGGGGAGCAGUCCUGCCAUUCUCUCUCCGGAAGCAACGCAAAAACCAGAAGUACUUGCGACUAUCAAGGAAGAAGUUCCCUCGCAUGGCGAGCCUGGAAAGCCGAAACUGCAGGCAUGAGUUCUUCCUGAAUGAUGCGGUGGGUCUGGAGGCCAGGCAGGACGCUGAGGACUGGGAGGCCAUGCAGCACACCAGCAAAGAAGCAGAUGUGGAUGGCAGUCUCCCUUGGAUUCCCACUGUGCCCCCCAGUGAAGUGACAGUGACGGACAUCACGGCAAACUCCAUUACCGUCACUUUCAGAGAAGCACAAGUGGCUGAGGGCUUCUUCCGAGACCGGAGUGCGCAGUUCUGAAUCUCCGUUUUCAGUGCUCCCUAAAACUAGUGCUUUUAGGGUGGGGCUAGGGAAGGGUUAUUUUAUCCCUUAAGAAAAAAAAUAAUCCAAAAUGUCUCCUCUUAAAAUGUUUACAGACACCUUUUUUUUUUUCCUUCUCUUCUCUGUUUUCCCCUUUCAGAUACGCAAAAAAGGGCAGUGUAGGGGGUGUGUGUUUGUCAUUGCUUUGUCCAUCUGAAAAACUGACAGCCCUUUCCCUGGCAAAGACUCCCCUCCCUAGAUGUGAAAGCAGCAAGCUGAACAAUUCCCCUUUUAUCCUGUUAAGUGGCGGCAGCUGCAUUUGUGGGGAGAGGGCAUGUGGAGGUGGAAAGAGAGCUGUGUCUCUAGCCUGCUGCCUUGUUCUGCAAUUGAUAUCCCUUGGAUAAAGAUACUUCUCUGUGCAUUGCUCUUCCCACCUUCCUCCUCCCUCUCUUCCUGCAGCAGUGAGAGGCGACGGAUCCUACCUGUGUAGAUAACUCCAGCCAGUUAAGACUUUCUCUCCAGUGCUGUUUCCCUGCGGCCUGCUGUCAGUACUUCAGAACCGUAUUUGCCUGUCUGUGGUAAGUCAGUCUUUGCAGCACGGGGUCCGUAUAGACAGCAGAGGUUUCUGCCUUUGAUUGUUGAUCAUGCAGAAAGACUGAAAUGCAUCUCUGAAAUCUACAUUGGUGACGUAAAUUCAAUUUGCCCUCAUUAAAAGCUCAGAAACCCAGCGCGGUUGAGACAUACCAUUCUGUAUAUGCUAAACAGGAUUUCCAGGCUCGGCUCGGCUGUGUGAGGAAUGUGCUAUGGAAAGUGGGGUGUUCUUACCCUUUGCCAAAUUCAGUAUUAAUAACAAAUGCUUCCCUGAAUCUGUGGUAAUAAGUUGGUUGAAAACUGACUCCUCUCCCCUGGGAGGAGGGGCUAAUAGGACAACCGAAGCAUUGCCUGGCACUGCAAAGAUAUCCAAGAUACUGGCACAGGCCCAGGACACAGGAGUUGGACAGAACUGAGCUAGGAAUGGACCUUGAUUAGCAGCAAAUCCUGCUCUUGGAUCCCAUCGAGAGAUCCAAGGUAAACAACAUGUGGGGAAGGCAUGUAUUAGAUUUGAGGAGGGGAAAAAAAAAUUCUUAAUUCUUAGCAAUGAGAAUUCUUGGAGUGUACUGCCUGAGUAAUAUUCUUCCGUGACGCCAGUCUCCUCACAGUAUCUGUGAUCCUGUACUACUUUACUGGUGGGAACUUCCCCUUGGAAGGCUUAAAAAUCUUUGCCAAGGAAAGUGGUCUGCAUUUCAAUAGACCCUGCCUGAUCUUGCACUUAAAAAUGCCUUGUGCUGGACUGCCUGUGACACUUUGAGGUUUUUAAAGAAUUGCUGUAUUUUGAGUUAAUAGUUUAGCAUAGCAUCUGUUCUUGCACAUGCAUGUUCUCUUCCAUUUUUUAAAAGGAAAUUUUAUUUAAAUAACAUAAAAUUUUAAAUAUAGACCUUUUCCUAUGGAAAGCAAGAAAAGUAAUCUAAAGUCUAAGAUGGGAACUGCAGGACAGAGUGCUGCAGGGUAACAUUGGCUACUGUCAUGAUUACUGUCCUUAAAGCCAUUGUUUCCUCUCCCCCCCACCUGAAGCAUCUCUUACCUGCUCUACUUAUUCUAAAUGAAGCUACAAGCCUUCUGAGCUCUGAGGUAAAGGCACCCAUGGAAAUCC